UCUGACUGAUCCUGCGGAGGCUGUAACACAUCAAAGGGCUCGCGUGCCUCACAUUGUCUUUCCCGCUGCAACCUGUCGCGUGAGGAUUUUUUCCUAAAAACACGGUAGAGAAAAUCGUUGAGGAUUUCAACUGUAACGGGAAAAACACACGUUAAAGGAUUUUAACGGAAAUCCGCCGGAUCCGGCGAGAUCUCGCGCGCUGUUUAACUGAGGUGUCUGAGGUCUCGCAUUCGUCAACGCAUCAUGACCUGCGAGCCUUCUCUCUGCUCCGCCCGUUUCACCCACCUGUAAUCCAGAGCUCCAUCCUGCCCCAACAGGAAGCGUGUCGCAUAAAAUGUCAGCGUGCAGUGAGUUUGCAGAGCACGUGUGGAAACCGGGAUCCUGUAAGAACUGCUUCCACCCUCGUAGUGCCCACGCUAACACUAGAGGCAGGAAGAGCUUGUGCAGGGACGAAGAGGAGGAUGAAGGUGCCUCGGCCUCGACCCACAUUAAGCCCACUAUCGCUGUCAAGCCCACAAUGAUGAAUUUAGACACAACCGAGAAGACGGCGGAGUUUACCAUGAACACACAGCAGGCCCAUAAGAGUUCAAUUGGACUGAAGAACAUUCUGGAUUUGUCAUCUCUCUACAUCAGCAGUAAUGGCUGCAGUACAACUCUGAAGGACAUGAUGCUGCAGAAUGGCAUUUCCACAAAGCUGGAUUAUUCAAGCAGGACUCCUGCAUCUCCUAAAGCACCGCCCAACCCAGGCUGUGUGUUUAUCAUGCAGGAGGAUUGCCGCAGUCCUAUUGGGCUAAAAGAGAACUUCAGUCCUCAGGUGGCCAAAACACCGAAGUGCACUUACAUCACUUCCUGUGAUUCCCUUCUACAUCAUCAUAAGCAGGAAGUGCAGGUCAUAAUAAACACAGCGACGGGAAAUAUAAACGGGACUGUUAACGGUGCAUCCGCAGAGACACACAGUGUUCUGUCAUCGCCCGUGGCGAGCCCGGAAUCCCUUAAUAACGCCGGCGUGUCGGAUUUGUUUUCACAUUGCAGCAGUUCAGACUCACUGCCUGGCCUGGCCGCAAUCCAGUCAGAGCCCAUCUACGCAGAGAGCUCAAAGAGGAAGUGCCGUCCUCGCCGAAACGCUGAUCUCAUCACCGAGGUCAGUGAUGAUGCGGACAGUCAAAGGGCGACCAUCACUGUUAUGGCCGCCCACACGGAGGAAAACAACCGCACCUUUUACCUGAGCAGCCCCGAUUCUGCUGUUAGUACUCAAUGGCGCAGAUUCAGCCCUACAACCCCUGAUGAUCCCUCCAGCCCCGUCUUCAGCUGGCCAUCUUCCCCUGUCGUCACGGGAACAACCCCUUUGUCCGCCGACCUGUCCGGGCAAACCGAGACCAAAGCGAGCCCGCCCAUUCCUCCCAAAAGAAACUCACGUUCUCCGAAACUGGGCACGUCCAGUUUGUCUCCUCUUCCUGAACUUAACUUCCACGUGUCUCCACCCCUCAAACUGUCUCAGGGUGAAGCCCACUCCUCCUGCCCAGUAUUGAGCAGCUUGUGGAGCUCAGAGCCUCGAGCUGAGGAGGAGAGAAGGGAGGAGGAGAAGAAGAAAACAGAAAGAGAAUGGAAGGACAAGUGUGACUCUACGCCUGGCACCGAUGAGAGGAACAACAGUCCCAGUGAGAAACAGGCGGAGAUGAAAUCUGACAGCAGCAGCAGUGAGCCCAGACCUCCACUGCCUCCACCCAAAAAACACCACCGCUCCUGUGUUAAGCUCAGUGUGAGCAGUAUGGAAUUGGAUCACCGGGGAUCAGUGGAGUCACUCCCUCACUCAAUGAAGGAAAUGAACACAACCUCUUCAGAUAGUCUGCCGGCUCUGAACGAUUCUGUUGUUCAGGAAUCGACUCAGCACUCCUGUCCUUCUCUGUUCCCAAGUCCGAGUCUUUGUCCACCUCCAUUACCAGAGAAAAAGCUCCUGAGCCGCACCACCUCCUCCGACAUCGAAACAAAGUUCAGAAGUCACUCUGUCACUUCCUGUUCAUCUCCUCAGCUCUCGUAUUCGUCCUCAGCGUCUCUGCAGACACUCCUGAGUGGUGGAGCAAGUCGGGAAUGCGUGUACGCUCGGCUGGGUGGGCUGUACGGCGAGUGUGUGCGGCGUUUGUCACUGAAGUGUGAGGAGCGUUUUACGCACACACAGAAACACACACACCGCUUCUUCAAUGAGCACGAGUGGAGCUUGUUCAAACUGAGCUGCAGCCAUGCCGUGUGUGUGACCAGGGAUGCCGCAUACUACCCCGCCUCCUGCUCUUCUGACAUGCACACACCCUACGCUGUCAAGAUCUGUAAAGGUCAUACCCAGGAAGUAAGGCGGUCUCACCUGUUUGGUCUAUCUGUUCAGCAGUCGAUUCCACCCCACUUUAACCUGCAGCAGGACUGCGGUCACUUCAUCGCCUGCGUCCCUCUGAGCAUGCUCCCUGGCCAAGAAGAGACUCUAGCCCCGCCUUCUUCCCCAGCAAGUACCACCCCCUUGGAUCAACAGGAGCGUGUGGUGGUAAUCACACGUGAUGUGCCAAGUCAGAGUGUGGCAGACUUUGUGAGCGAGUAUCAGUCUUUCCAUCGCUCUCACCCCGAGGUGUAUGAGCGGCGUGUGUGUUUCCUCCUGUUGCAGCUCUGUAAUGCUCUUGAGCACCUUAAAGCUCAUGGCGUCACUCACCGUGACCUCUGCCUCGAAAACAUGAUCCUGGUGCCUCAGAGACAACCCGUAACCUCCAACCCCACCCAUCAGGAGCCUUUACCUCGCCUCCUAAUUAGCAACUUCUCCAAAGCGAAGCGGCGCUGUGAGACAGACGAGAAACAGCGAGCCGAGCUGACCCGCAUGGCUCCUGAGAUCGUGUCUGCCUCUCAGUACCGCAAGGUUGACGAGUUCCAGACGGGUAUCCUGAUCUAUGAGAUGCUGCACCUGCCGAACCCUUUCGAGGCCGUCCCAUCACUCCGUAACCGCCAUUACCGCAUCGAGGAGCUUCCCUCCAUCCCUUCCGUUUCCAUCUACUCGUCCGGACUGGAGCGCCUCGCCCGUCUCCUGCUGCGUCCCGACCCGGAUGAGAGGAUCCAUAUCGCGGAGGCUAAGCGUGGCCUGCAGAGUCUACUGUGGGGGCCGCGCCGAGAGCUCCUCGACCGUGUCACUGCUGACAACAGGAAGGACAAGGACCAGGACACGCUGUUGAACUGGCUGGAUGUGAAGCGCGCAUUGCUCAUGAUGAAGUUUGCCGAGCGCUCGCUGGAACCUGAAAAGAGCCCAGAGCUCGAGGACUGGCUCUGCUGUCAGUAUUUCUCCAACACGCACCCACCGUCCCUACUGCUCACUGCCCAGAUGAUGCACCUUAUCAAACCCACACAUUGACAUAGGGGGGCAUGACUGCAUUCGAGUAUUGUUUGCAUUGCUUUUUCCGUUCCUGCUGUUUUUAAACAAGACUUUUAAUCAUGAAAUGUUGAUUAAUUCAUGCAUUUGUUUAAACAAGUUAUUUUCAGGACACUUUCAGCUGUCCUGCUGGCUUUCAAACACGUCCUAAAAAUUAUUCUCACUGCCACAGAGUGACCGCUGUCCUGCUGAACAUACACAAUGUGUGAGAUUUCCAGAAAAAGCCACAAUAAAGACAGAGAAGGACUGAUACCUGUGUGCUGAUAUUAAAUUUCUGUAUUACUAUUUUUGAUGAGACAUUUCAUGUGCAUUUCCCUGUAUUUCAGCACUGACAUUACCUCAUACUGCCUAGUGUUAACGUAAGAAGCGUUAGUUAAUCGGCUCAGAUGUAGAGAAUGCAGUUUCUUUAUUAACAUUUAACACUGAGAUCCUGAACUCUUUAUUUGCUGAUGAUCCAGUCAGAGUUGUCACACAAAGCUUUGGGUCCUGUACAUGCUGUAUCUAAUGAUCUAAAUUUAUAUCUAAAUAACAUUACAGGGUUAACAUCUUCAGCCACAAUAAUAAUUAUAAACACAGGUAGUGUAAAUGAGGUCUUUAUACACCGUGUUGUAGUGUGUUCAGACUGUUUAAAAAAAAAAAGUGAAAUGUGUACAGAAACUGUGUCAAGCAAGUCUUAAUGAGAAUGACAUCUGAUCACUGAUAUGCCUGUUUGCCUGUCUGUAAUAAGCCAGUGUGUAUGCUGUUUGUUUUUACAGCCAGAAUUCAAUGCGAAAAUCACUGUAGUGAUGCUGUGAGUUAUAAAUGUUGCGCUGAAUAUUAUUGUCUGUAAUUAACCUGCUGGAAAUCCAUCAAUAAACUGUAAAUAUCUUUUCA